UCUGUAUCUUCAAAUCGAGGAUACUUUGGGCUUCGCAAAAGACUUUUUUGAAUCGUGCGUGUCAUCUUUGCCGAUCGAAAAUUUACCGAAAACUUUCGUGAAUUUCAGUGAUUUAUCAUUCUAUGAAGGAAUAGCAGAGGUUUUUUAUUUCAAUGAGUUUCAAUUUUUACUGCUAAAGACUUUUUUAUUAAUUUUAUUAUUUACUUUGUUAUUAAUAUUUAUUUCUUGGAGAGUGUAUGGUAAUCGUAUCUCUGAGAGGUUUAUGAAACCAGCUACUUCAGCUACAAUUGAGCAAUUAAAAGAAAGUGUAUCGAAGCUAAAACUACCGAAAGAACAUACUCCUAGAAUAUAAAAAAUGGCAGAGAAAAUAAAAAAGUUCUUUCAAAGGAAGAAAGCCGAUGCAAAGUUCAAAUUAGCUGGUCCUGGAUAUAAGCUAAGUGAAUCAACAAUUAGCAGUCAAUCAUCGAAUAAUUCCAAGAAAGAAUUGCCAGUCGUUAAGCGGUCAGGCUUGUCGGAAGAGAGUAAGGUGGCAGCAGAAGCUGCGCUGUCAAGACUUCAACAGACAAGAGACAAUCCAGCCUUUAACACUUCAUUAGCAGCAAUAAAAGCACAAGUCAAAAAAGAGCUAGAAAAUGAAAAGGCGUGUAACUCACAAACGACAGACGUGCCCAAAGAGAAAGCAGAAACAGAAAAUGAAGCAAUCAGAAACUUUGCUGCCUCUGGUGUUUAUUUCAAAUGCCCUCUAAUAAGUAACGACAUCCUACCCCGAGAUGAAUGGAAACGAAACAUCAAAACAUUCCUGUAUGAGCAAUUAGAGGAAGAGAGAGGCUUGACAGCCUGUCUCAUCAUACAAUCAUGUAAUAGUAACAGAGAAAAGGUCGAUACAUGUGUUGAAACAUUGUGCAAGUACUUAGAGAAUAUUGUAACAUACCCAGAAGAGGAAAAGUAUCAGAAGAUUCGAAUGUCUAACAGAGUUUUCAACGAAAGAGUUCUACCUAUAGAAGGAUCUAUGGAGUUACUGCUGGCAGCGGGUUUUAUCCAACAGAAACUACCUAAUGCAGAUGGUAUUGAAGAAGACUUCCUUGUGUUUGUAAAAGAAAAUGUUCCGUCCGUUGAGAGUUUGAUCGCGUUAAUCGAGGCUCUUCGCACAGCGGAACCGAUACAACUGGAACUCGACAGGAAUCUACAAGUGUUGUUACCAUCACAGGCUGCUAACAAAGUUCAACUCCCUCCAUCAUUUUAUGCUCUCACCCCAGAGGAACUCAAGAGGGAACAUCAGUUGAGGACCGAAGCGAUCGAGAGGAGUCAGAUGUUACGUACUAAGGCGAUGAGGGAAAAGGACGAGUUACGGGAGAUGAAGAAAUACAAAUUCGCAAUCAUUAGAAUACGCUUUCCUGAUGGGAUUCUCUUGCAAGGCACAUUUUCAGUCUACGAACGCUACAAUGAAAUCCACGAGUUUGUCCAAGAAAACUUAGAACACAGCGGUCUGCCGUUCGUCCUCAACACUCCAACUGGUCAUAAACUUAUCCCGGACGAGGAUGCCAAUAAGACACUUAUUGAUCUUCGACUCGUACCGGCCACAGUGCUCACAUUCGCCUGGCACUCUUCCGUUAUCGAAGAGAUUAAUAGUAGUCCCAAUAAAGACGUGUUUUUAAAACCAGAGAUAAUGGUUUUAGUGCAGGAAAUUUAAUGUGUUAGAAAACUAUCGAUAGUUCAAUUAUAAGAACAUUAUUUGACGUAGAUUAACAAAUAUAG